CCGCCCCCGACCACUCCUCGGCGUCCCUGCUCACUCCGCGCUUUCAGGAUGAUGACAACCGGUUCCAACCGGAAGCCCGAGCCCAGCCGGCUCCCGACGUGGGGUGGAGCGCUGAAGUCCAGAGCCUGGCAGCCCCGCCGCCCCAACCACUUCCUGGGCCUGGUUCCAGCAGCCGCCCGCGUCCCGGACCCGGUCUCCAGGAUCAUGUGGUACGUCAGCACCCGGGGAAUGGCCCCUCGGGUGGACUUUGAGGGGGCCCUCUUGUCUGGUUACGCACCCGAUGGGGGCCUCUACAUGCCUGAGGAGCUCCCACUGCUGGGCAGAGAGACUCUGCAUAAGUGGAGCACGCUGUCCUACCCAGGCCUGGUGAAGGAACUGUGCGCCCUCUUCAUUGGCCCUGAGCUCAUUGCAAGAGAUGACCUACAUGAUCUGAUUGACCGAGCCUUCAGCAGAUUCCGCCACCAAGAAGUGGUCCAUCUUUCCAGGCUGAGGAACGGGCUGAACGUGUUGGAGCUGUGGCAUGGGGCCACGUAUGCGUUUAAAGACCUGUCCCUGUGCUGUACAGCACAGUUCCUGCAGUACUUCCUGGAGAAGAGGGAGAGGCACGUCACCGUGGUUGUAGGAACUUCUGGGGAUACAGGGAGUGCUGCCAUUGAGAGUGUCCAAGGGGCAAAGAAUGUGGACAUUAUCGUUUUGCUGCCUAAGGGUCACUGCUCGAAGAUCCAGGAGCUUCAGAUGACAACAGUGCUGAAGGAGAAUGUCCACGUGUUUGGAGUGGAGGGAAACAGCGAUGAGCUUGAUGAGCCCAUCAAGGCCGUGUUUGCCGACGUGGAUUUUGUCAAGGAGCACUGUCUGAUGAGUCUUAACUCAAUCAACUGGUCCCGCGUCCUGGUGCAGAUGGCCCACCACUUCUUUGCCUACUUCCGGUGUGCACCAUCCAUGGACGUGGACCCUCUGCCCCCUGUGGAGGUGGUUGUGCCAACUGGGGCUGCUGGUAACCUUGCAGCUGGGUGCAUUGCUCAGAAGAUGGGCUUGCCCAUCCGCCUGGUGGCCACAGUGAACCACAAUGACAUCAUCCACAGGACUGUCCAGCAGGGGGACUUCUCUCUGUCCCAGGCCGUCAAACCAACCUUGGCAUCUGCAAUGGACAUCCAGGUGCCCUACAACAUGGAGAGGAUCUUCUGGCUGCUCUCCAGCUCUGACAGCCAGGUGACAAGAGCCCUCAUGGAGCAGUUUGAAAGAACCCAAACUCUGCGUCUGCCCAGGGAACUGCACGGCAAGCUUUCAGGGGCCAUGAUGUCUGAGUCCGUGUCGGAUGAGGCCAUCACCCAGGCCAUGGCCCGCUGCUGGGAAGAGAACCAGUACUUGCUGUGCCCUCACUCGGCCGUGGCUGUGAGCUACCAUUACCAGCAGAUGGACAGGCAGCAGUCCAGCAAUACUCCCAGGUGUUGCCUGGCCCCUGCCUCUGCAGCCAAAUUCCCGGAAGCUGUCCUGGCAGCCAGGCUGACCCCGGAGGCUCCUGCAGAGAUCCUAGCCCUAGAGUACAAGGAGACCCGCUGCGCCCCAAUGCAGAGAGGUGAUGACUGGACGCUGAUGCUUCGGGGCACCAUUGAGGACCUGAGCCGGCAGUGGAGGGGCCGUGCCCGGAACGCCUCAGAAUAGCCAGGUGCAAUCCCGGGGAGGUGGACCUUCCCCCCACUGAGUUAGCUCAGGAGGGUCUCAGGAGCCUGGGCCUGGAACCAGUUGGUUUGCUGUGUGCCUUAACUGCAGUAGCGUUGUGCCUGGUGCCUGGUCACCAGGGAGGCUGCUGAGGGGUGUGGAUAACUGCGGGACACGCAGGCGUAUCACUGCGGGAUGUGAAAGUGCCUGGGCCCGCGAAUGAAGAGCCUUCUGUGGAGUCCACCUGGGUUCCCGGCUUAGAACCCCAGACUCCAAACUGUAAGGUCAGGGCUGCUCACUACCUUAAACCAGGCCUGAGGCUCACAGUCUCUGAGCUUUAAUUUAUCUGGCCCCAAACCAGGUCCAAACACCUUGGCUCACCUUGUCAAAGGCCUCCAGCCUGUUCCGGUGUCGGGAAUCCCUGGGAGAAAAGUGCUGUUCAGUGUGAGAGUGGUUGCGCAUGUCCUGGUGGUGGGUUCCUUCCCAGCUCUCCCCUGCCCACAAAUCUUAGCCUGUGGACCUUAAAAAUACACCCUUUUGAAAUAAUUGUGGGGAAGACCAGUCUUCUGCACACGGGUUAGUUGCCAUUCCUAUGUGUACCGGGACUCCAGCCAAGGAUGGCACCAGCUGGACCUACCUUCAUGAAUGGGGGAGAAGAUCCUGGGGUGGGGGGCACCACAGCAGCCUUAAGUGGCCUAGAUACUCCUAUCAGUUCUUCUCUUUAGUAGUGUGGACAUUUCUUAAACUAAGCCUAGUUCUGAAUGACAAAAAAUUCCAAUAUACCAAAACCAAAUAACCAAACGCAUUUCUGUCCAGUGGAUUCCAACUCAUAGUGACCCUAUAGGACAGAGUAGAACUGUCCCAUAGGAUUCCAAGGCUGUAAUCCUUACAGAAGCAGCCACAUGUUUUUCCCAUGGAGCAGCUGGCAGGUUCAAACCGUCGGCCUUUUGGAAUAUAGGCAGCCCCUGGCUUACGAAUGUCCGACUUAGGUACAACCCAUACUUAGGAACCAACCCUGUAAAGCCAUCCUUCUCCCUGCCGUGUCCCCGGAUCCGCCGGGGCAGGAAAUGACGUGUUGCCGCCUGGUUAGUCACAGCCACCUCCUCCCCCUCCUCCACCCGUUCCGCCCCGUGCGCGCUGGGGGAUCUUUUCUACUCUUAGCGACAGUCCUCUCCAGCGCCCCGGGGCAAGCCCCCAGCCUUGGCCUCCGCCCCCCGGAAGUUUAUCCCACUGGCCCCCGCUCCUUCCCCCUCCUCCUCUUCAGCCCGCUUCCCCUCCCUCUCGCUAUUUUUCUCGGGGUUGCCCCCCUCCCCGGCUCCACGUACCGCUGCCAGCCUGCUCCUUGGCCACCUGCGCCCAGCCGAGGGUUGGGAAGCCCCUGGCACCACGCACCGCUCCGCCGCCGCCGCCGGGGGCCAGCUGUUGGCUCUUGGCCUGGCAGUUUCAGGCUCCUUCUCACUGGCUGCAGCGCCCACCUGCGGCGCCCGGCCCCGCGCCCACCUGCACAGUGCGGCUGGUUCGCACUCCGCCUCCCAGGCUCAGCCAGGUGCCUCAA